ACCGGAGCAGACGCGGACUCUGGCGGGUCACAAGUGCCAUCACUUUUGCUCCACGCCGCCACGCGCACGCGCGUCUUGACGGAGAGCGAAAGAGAGAGAGAGAACGUGACGGGAGAAGGAGUCAAGGACGCAAGGGAAGGAAGGAAGGAAGGGAAGGACACACGCGGCGUGGGUAAAAAAAAAAUAACGUGACAGGACGUGCUUGCCCCGUCCACGCACUCUUGGUUCUGCCGGGUUCUGAGCAGCGCACGGACACGGAGAAUCUCGGAACCUUCCUCGCGUCCUCGCCUCCUAACCCCUUGCCUCCUUCAACGCCGAUGCCUCGCCGCGCGUGACGCUGCCUCCGCGCGCACGCACGCAACUUCGACCCAGGAUCGGCGGAGGCGGAGCCUGGCACACGGCGGCGUCAUGGGCUGCGGACUGCGUAAAAUGAAGCCCACCACGGCGGAGAAGAGCCCGGGGAAGAUCUACUCCACCCUGAAGAGGCCACAGGUGGAGACCAAAGUGGGCGUGGCCUACACCUACCGCUACCUGGACUUCCUGAUCGGCAAAGACGGGGGGACGUCCACGCUGCGCCUGUCCUCAGUGCGAGAGCUGCCGGGACAGUUAGAGGAUCUUUACCAGCAGGGCUUUGUUCUGGCCGCCAUCCAUCCCUUCAUCCAUCCCUGCGGCCCGGAGUCCAACAGCCCGCAACACCAGCUCUACCGCGCCAUCCUGGUGCAACUCAGCGAGGGGAAGCAGCCAACGCAGCGCCCGUGUAAACUGCAGCUGGAGCAGUGCCUGGCCGCCGAGCAGGUGCCCACCCCCGAACUCAUCCAGGGCUACGUCAAGAAGCAGAUCCAGGAUGCGGCCCACCAGGGGGUCAUGUUCGUGGGGUUCGUCCAGGAACCCUUUGGGGCGCCGUGCACCAGGAUCAGAGAACCAGACACCCCCUCCCUGUCCCUGCACUCCAGCCCCAGCUCUGUGCUCGGUUCCCUGGGCAGCUGCAGCCCCUCCGACCCCUCCAGCCCGGCCCUCCACGCAGGACCGGCCAUUGUGGAGGAUUCCUCGGGCCAGGUGAUGCCCGGAGACCGGGUACCGCGAGAAAACGCCGGGAACCACUCGGAGAGUCAGAACGAGGUCUCCGCCGCCUCAUCUCUGAUGUCGGAGGAGCUGACGGAAGAGGGGUCUCCGUGUCACAACAACAACAAGGACAGCAGAACGGAGACGAAGCAGAGGCCCAGAUACUUACCCAGAUCUGACGGGGCGGAGCUACUGGCCUUGUACAACCACCCCGCGGUCCGAGAGGGUCCGGCCAUGUACUACACGGUCAAAGUACCGCUGAGGGUCCAGAGCUGCGACGAAGGCAUCAAAGAGGUGGAGGCCAACUGGCUGGACCACAUGACUCAGCACUUCAACAACGGCGCCUCGCUGGUCGACGGAUACUUCCACCUGGGGGGCCUUAACGAUUCGCUCCCCAAGUUGGUGGAGAGUGUCUUCGUGUUCCAGGAGGCCAGCGAAGACGAGGCCAACACCAACUACGACGCCAUCGUGGUGGAGCAGUGGACCAUCAUUGAUGGUUUGCAGGUGAAGGCCGAUUACAUCCCGCUGCUGCAGUCCUUGGCCACGUUUGGCUGGAGGCUCACUUGUGUGCUGCCGACACCUGUCGCCAAGACUAACAGUGAUGGCAGUCUGGCUACCAAACAGAUCGUGUUCCUGCAGAGACCCGUCCUGGGCCGAAAGCGCAGGGAAUCCAAGAAGCUGAUAUUCAAACCCCGCGGCAAGUCCAACAAGAAUGGCAUCAGAGACACAGCCAAGAACAAGAAGACAAAAACCAAAAUGGACAAAAACGAAGACGCUCUCAAGAGUCCUGGGGGUAGAGACGAGGCGGUCAACAAGGUAGCGAGCGAGAAACCAAAAGAGCAGGAUGGAGACACUGGCGAUGUCCGCGUAGAGCCGGUGCUCAGCGGAGAGGACGCAGCUGAGACAGAAGACAAGGGAGCAGGAGAAGAGCCGGAGACGGCUGAAGAAAAGUCUGAACUAGACCAAGAAGAACUUUUGGAGGACACAGAAGUUCUAGAAGUGACAGAAACCACUCUUGUCCAAACCGACGACAAGGAAGCAGAAGUUGAAGCUGUGGUUGAAAACGGCGUAGAAACGGACGAAGAGAAGGAAAAAGAUGAGGUCCCGCCGAAAUGCCAGACCGAAGAACCAGAAACCAUAGAGGUCACCAUUAAGGAUAGUAUGGUAGACUCACCGACCCCGGCAAUGAAUCAGAUCCCGCAAGAGUAGAUCGAACCUCUUGAAUCCCUUCAACAAAGACUGGGUCCUUUUGGAUCGCCACAAGUUACGGAAGUCCGUAGAGCGGCCAUCUUUCCUGUAGCUUGUCAUGUGAUUCUGCUGUUUAACCUCGCCUUGUGAAUGUACGACAUGAUCCUGUCGCUAUGAAGGGACUAGACUGACCCUCCACAGGACCAAUGAAGCUUAGAAAAAGACGACGCGCUGAUGAACAAGCUCGCCAGCGACCUGUUAGCGCUUUAGCUUGCCUGCACACCUUCUGCCUUGGAAAGGCAUCUUUAGGACUGACAGAACGGCAAUACUGAUCUUUUUGGACAACGGUCAGAAAGAAGAGGAAAGACAUAGAACACCGGUGGCCUACUUCAUACCUACUUCAGAAAAGACGGCUCAUUGCUUUGCUUUGGUCAAAGUGUUCCUUCACGCAGUCGUGACAACUCGGGAGUGGGCACGCUGGCCAAGGUGUUUGUUCGCGACAGGCAAUCCAAAGUAGCACGAAGAGAUCUUUGUUUACACCCCACCACCCCCGGGGUGUUUCCAGAGCCGGGAAAACCCUCCCCCUGCCUACCGAAUGUUCCAAACGCGAGGACGUGAAAUCCAUCCGCGUACAACGUAGCUUUCCAGUUUCGGGAUCCAUCAGAAUGCCAAUGCUAGCUGAACCUUAGCAUACGCAGUAGCGUGGCGUUGGAGUGAUCUCCGAAAACGCUAUUUUGGACCUUUUGUUGAGUUUGUCGAGCUGUGUUCAUCAAGCCACAAAACAUCCCUUUUCAAAAGUGCGCUGGAACUUUGGUAAACAGAGAUCAAGAAAUCGUCCGUGAGCCCGCAGACCGUUACAUAACAGAAAUGGACUCAUUUAAGUCAAUCCCAGUUUGCUUUGCUGUCCCCGCUCCUAAAAUGACCCUUCGCAUUUCAUUUGCAACAAUUGCUUAUUCCCGGUCGCUGAAGGUGAGCGAAGGCAACAUCCGCUUCAAAAACCUAUCGUUAGCUGGCUAAUGGCCUUUGUCAGCAGGGUGUCUGUCAGGAAUCAUGCACUCAGUGCCCCCCCCCCACCCCCCCCCCCCCCAGGUGCCUCAGCUCAUAACCUUCAGAUUCAACCGCAAAAAUGCUUAUUUCUCUCUGCAGUCGUCCUUGGCAAAUAUUGCAGCUACAUGGCAAAUUUUAAAUAAAAAAUUUAAAAAAAGAUUCAAUGCAUAUUUUACAUAUUUUCAGCCUAAAUUAAGUGUUAAAUGGUGUCUUAUUCAUGUCUUAUUUUCUAUUAUUAUAUUGCGCUGAUCGAGUAAGGCAGGGGUGUCCAAACC